AUUUAUCUCCUCCAGCUCAGGGAGCCGGAGACCUCAGCGUCCCCAGACUGACAGAAUGGAGAGAAGCUGACGCAUCUGUAUUUACUGCUCCGACAAUCUGCUCUUCUACAUGCUCUCCUGGACCUGGACGAAAUAGCUGCUUAGAUAGUUUGUAAAAGUGUGACCACUGAAGAGCUGAUAUUUCCUUCUUAUUGUUUUUCUUUCUUUUUUUCCCCUUUUUUUUCACUUUUGGACACUUCGGCUGCGUUAUUACGCGCGAUGCGCAAAGGGAUGGGUCCUCCGCUGAGACACAGAACGGGACUACAACACAUUUUUUAUUACGUUUAUCUCUCCAUUUCAGUGGCUUCUUCUUAUAAUAUUGACUUAGAACAUCCUUUGGUGUUCCGUGGACCAAAUUCUAGUUUCUUUGGCUACUCUGUGCUGGAGCAUUAUCAUGACAACACACGCUGGGUGAUAGUGGGAGCCCCCCGAGCCAACUCCUCCUACAGCAGCUCCGUGCGCUCUCCCGGAGCCGUGUUCAAGUGUCGGGUUCACAGCAACCCGGAGCGCCGCUGCACAGAGAUGGAUCUGGGUCGAGGAAAUAAGCCGAGAGAAUCUUGUGGGAAGACGUGCCAAGGAGACAGGGAUGAUGAGUGGAUGGGGGUCAGUCUGGCCCGCCAGGACAGAGCCAACGGCCAAAUACUGGCCUGCGCUCACCGCUGGAAAAACGUGUUCUACGUUUCUGAACACAUCCUCCCACAUGGGUACUGCUCCAUCAUCCCCCCAACACUUCAAGGCAGGACAAAACCACUCAUCCCUUGUUAUCAAGACUAUAAGCAGAAGUAUGGGGAAGAGCACGGCUCGUGCCAAGCCGGGAUAGCGGGAGUUUUUUCGGAGGAGCUGGUGGUGAUGGGAGCACCGGGGUCGUACUACUGGACUGGAACCAUCAAAGUGUACAAUCUGACCUCCGACACCUUCUACAACCUGAACAAAGACAACAUUGAUUCCCACAGAUACAGCUACCUUGGUUACGCGGUGACUGCUGGCCACUUCUCCUCUCCAAAUGUAAUAGACAUAGCUGCAGGAGCACCUCAGCACAACGGCGCUGGAAAAGUUUACAUUUUCAAAAUUGAUGGCACCUCUUUGGUGAAGAGUUUUCAAGCCUCAGGGAAAAGGAUGGGCUCUUACUUUGGCUCCUCAUUGUGUGCAGUUGAUCUAAACCAGGACGGCCUGUCGGACCUGCUGGUGGGGGCACCCAUGCACAGCCAGCUUCGGGAUGAAGGCCAGGUGUCUGUGUACCUCAGCAAAGGCAAUGGAGUGAUGGAGGAGGAUGCCGUCUUGACUGGUGACAACGCUUUCAAUGCACACUUUGGAGAGUGCAUUACAGCAAUCGGAGAUAUUGAUGAUGAUGGUUAUCAAGACGUCGCCAUAGGAGCCCCUAAAGAGGACGAAUACGCAGGAGCCGUCUAUAUCUACCACGGGGACGCCGCAGGAAUUACACAAAAAUACUCCAUGAAACUGUCUGGGCGCAGCGUAAACCCUGGUCUGCAGAUGUUUGGCCAGUCCAUAUCUGGCAAUGUGGACAUGGAUGACAAUGGAUACGCAGAUCUCACUAUCGGGGCGUUCAUGUCAGACAGCGUGGUGCUGCUGAGGUCCCGGCCGGUCAUUACUGUGGACGUCUCCAUCUUCCUACCCGUCUCCAUCAACAUCUCGGUGCCUCAGUGCCACGAGAGCCACCAGAACCUGAACUGCUUCAACGCCACUGUUUGCUUGCGUUUCAGAGGGAAACAGCUGCCGGGACAAAUAGAGUUGCUGUACAACUUGACUGCUGAUGUGGAUAAGCGGCAGAAGGGUCAGCCUUCUCGGGUUUACUUCGCUCAGAGCGGCUCUCAAGUCAGCCAGCUGAGCCAGCAGCUGAGCCUGGACAUGGGCCGAGAGGAGUGCCAGCGCUACACUGCCUACGUUAAGAAGGAUGUGAAGGACGUGUUCACGGCCAUCACGUUUGAGGUGGCGUACGGCCUUGGGCGGCACGUGCUGACUGGACAGCGGGAGCGAGACCUGCCCGCGCUAACCCCAGUGCUGCGAUGGAGGAAGGGGAACAAGAUCGCUAUGAGGAAUGAGACUUGGUUUGAGAAGAACUGCCUGUCAGACGACUGUGCUGCAGACUUGAGGCUUCAUGGGAAACUGCUCCUCUCUGGUUUAUACAGCAAACCCCAUUUGGCCCUCGGAGGAGUGAAGAAUGUCUCCUUGAACGUAACUAUCUCCAACGCCGGAGAUGACGCCUACGACACCAACAUCUACUUCAACUUCUCAACAGAAGUUUUCUACAUCAACUUCUGGCAGAAGGAGGAGAAGGGGAUUUCCUGCGAGCUGGUGGAGUUGGACUUCCUGAAAUGCAGAGUGGGAUUUCCUUUCAUGAGAGCUCAGACUAAGUAUCAUUUUGCGGUGAUUUUCGACACGAGUAAGCUCUCUGGCGAAAAUGACACUUUGCAGUUCUUAGUCAAAGCAAAGAGUGCCAAUCCAGAGCACAAACUUGCAGACAACACUUUGGAUAUUUCCAUCCCUCUGAUCCACGAGACCGACACAACUAUUACUGGCGUGGUGGCACCGAGCUCCUUUGCGUAUGGAAACUCCAUCGACGCCUCGCGCUUCGUCAGGUUGGAGGACAUGGAAUGCAGCUUUCAGCCUCUUAAUCUGACUUUCCAGGCCAUAAACAAGGGGCCCAGCAGGCUCCCCGGUUCCACUGUGGACAUCAGGAUACCCAACCGGCUGUCUGGCAGCGGAGCCGACAUGUUCCACGUCAUUGAAACCCAGGUGGCCGAUGGCCGAGGGAACUGCACCCCUCACAGGAACCCGACACCGUGCACCAUCCCCCAGGACAAAGAGAGCAUCUUUCACUCCAUAUUUGUCUUCUUCUCCAAAUCCGGGCGGAAAGUUUUGGACUGUGACCGGCCUGGAAGAGCAUGUAUGACCAUCUCCUGCAGUCUGGGUCCACAGCUAAAAGAUGAAGCUUUGAGCAUAGAUAUAAAACUUCUACUGAACACUGAGAUUUUGAAGACAGAUAGCUCCUCUGUGAUCCAAAUUGUGACAAGAGGCAACAUAAAAGUGAAUGACAGGGCGGUGGAGGUGCCUAACGGCCUGCAAGAUGACAUUUCUCUGGUGUUUGAGGCGCUCCACAGCCAGGAACCGCGGGGUUACGUAGUUGGCUGGAUCAUCGCCAUCAGUCUGCUGGUGGGAAUCCUCAUCUUCCUGCUGUUAGCUGUGCUACUCUGGAAGAUGGGAUUCUUCCGUCGGCGCUACAGAGAGAUCAUCGAGGCCGAAAAGAACAGGAAGGACAGUGAUGAAAGCUGGGACUGGAUGGAAAAGAACCACUGAGACAUUGGAUGAGGGUCCCGCAGGAGCCAAUGACAUUAGGGAUUGGGUCGAGAUGGAUCCAGUAGCACAGGGUGUCGCGGCCCGGCCACCCUUAGUGGCACCAGGUCCUCCAAGUCUUCCAUAUGUGGAAGAAAAGAAUAUUCUCCAUAUUUUCUGGAGACUCAAUAUGUUUUUGUGGGUGGGGGGGGUCCAGGAAACGGGCUUCUGGCGUGAUAGUGUGGCUUGCAAAGGGACGCUUGCUGUGGAAAUUAGAUAAUCUUGGAGGAGGUAACUCCCGGCCAGUGAAUGGAGCUGUUGAUGGAGACCCACACAUCUAUUGGGGGGAUGUGUGGACGACAUGAGUACUGAUGGACAACGAAACCCUCAGGGCUGUGUUAGAUAGCAAAUUUAUUUUUAUACUUACACUUCAAGCCAUAUUGUAUAAAACUGAGCUCUGAGAAGAGUUUUGAAGCCGAUUACAAGCAUACUGUAUCUACAGUUUGUUUUCUUUAAAGCACUGAUUGUUUGAUAAGAAUGAAAGCCUUUACUCCAUAGCUUUACAUUUUGUGCCAAAGAUAUGUCCCGUAUAUUAUAAGAGUGGAAUGUUUUUGUAUAUUCAGCUCAUCCCACUUGCUGGGAGUGAAAGAUUGUAUUUGUCUUGUACUUCUUCCAUCUUAUAAAAUAUUGUUUAUUUUCUUCCAUGUCUGACUCCCCCAUCCCUUCCACAGAUAAUAAGCCUGAGAUCAUUUUGUGCGUAAAAAGAUACUGUCUUUAUGUCACCCACUACCGCUGUGCCUGAAACUCUGAAGGCUCAGUCAAAAAUGUACAGGACCUUUUUCCCAUAAUGUGGUCAUUUACGGCCCUGUCCACCUCUUCAGUAACAGUCUAUCAUGUGCCAUAAAGUCAAAGCAGACGUUCACAUUUAAGGAGUCUGAACGUGGGAUCUGCUUUUCAUCUGAGUUGUCCACAGGGGCCUUUAAGUCAUGAUCUAGAUAAACUCAAUUUCAAUGUUUCACAUUAUAAUGAUGUACAGUAGAGCAAAAUAUCUGUGGAAGUAUUUGCUCAGUUUACAGCUCGUGAGCGUUUUUUAUUUGAUUGUGUGUCUAAAACCUUGCCAGAGCCCACCCCCAAGAAGAACACACUUAAUUUGACAAUUCAAUUGGUCUGCGUAGGGAUUUAAUGUGAUGAAAGAAAAAGAUAUCCGUGGACAGAUGAAAGCCCCAGCAAACGGUCUACAGUACCUACAGAAAUUUACGGGACCCGGCCGGCAUGAGUCAUUGCUAUAAAAAUAGGUGGGAAUGUGCUGCACUCAGUCACCUCACAGAAAGGAGCGCUUUAGGGGCUGACGUGAAAAGCUCCCUUUAAGUCAAAGUGGAGGGAUGUCAUCACCCUAAAAGAAACCUGUCUCCUUUCAAGUCCACUGCUACGUUGCCCAGAGUUGUUCCCCACAUUUAGUCAGGAGCGAUUUGAAUGUAAGGCUUGGUCGUCCUUAGGAACACAGCGAAGUAUGUUUUGAAUGAAAGGCCAUCAAAAGAAGUCAGACUAUUAAUUAUUUAUAUAGAUGACGUGCUGAUUGCAAAAGAUUAAAGGAUACCCCCGAAGAAUCAUCAUGUCAGUUAUGAAGACUUUUUGAUUGGCCAUUGGGUGAUAAUUGAUUAUUUUAGUUCAGAUACACAGCAAAGAAGGAUGAAGUAAAAUUAUAUUUUUUGCACGAACCAAAGUAAGAUUUAAACAUGCAUUGCCAAACAACAAAAGUAGAUUUUUUAGGCAUUUAUUUCUUCAUUUAUACAGCAAGUCACCUAAUGGAUCACAAUGGUUGCUUCACUCUUUCUGGGGUUGUACGACUCUUACUGUACUUGCCGUGCACACCCACGUCUGCCCCCUGCAUCCCCCAAACCCAUGCUAUUCCACACGUAUGCAAGGAACCGACACUUGACUAUUUGUUUGUAAAAGCGUAACUGUGAUGAUUCUGUGUUUGUGGUCACCGUUUAUCACAUCCUUAUGUGGGGUUUUGUCCUGAGUAUACUACUGUCACUGAGUAUCAUUUCCAUUAUCGUGUGCUGUCUGUUUGGUGUUUAAAGUCAUGUUUGAGCUGUGUAUUUAUCUGUUAAUAAAUUUCACAGUGAAAUCUCA